AUGGACGUGACUUUCAUCGAGAAAUCCCAGAGCACGUAUCCCUGGGGCAGCCGCUACGACCCACAACGCCUCGAGGAGCUGGAAGCCCGGGUACGGUUAGACGCGGCCGGUGGCCUCGCAGUGCACGACGUUGCAACACACCUGCUUACUUUAAAACUGUAUCAGCUGUACCCCGAUAGAGCCAAGGACGACAUAAAAGGCAUCAUCCUCGCCAAGUCGUUAAUGGUGCUGCCUUCAGAGGCUACCACUUGCUGUCGUUUCCUGCUGAAACCGCUUGACACCCGAACCACCGAGCAGACGACCGAGCAGUCAGAGCUGGUUCGGAAACUUGUGGAACUAGCGGAUCUCCUUGAGACUGGUCAGUUCCAUCAGUUUUGGAGGUUGAGAAGCCAAGAAGCUGCCCAUGGAACGCCACUGGGCCAACUGCUCGAUUCCAUUGUAGACUUUGACCUCGGCGUCCGAAACUUUAUCUGCAGUAUCGUUGAAAUGGCUUUUCAAAAAAUAAGAAAAGCAGAGCUUGCAAAACUACUCAACUCAACGGAUGUUCCCUCUGAAUGGAAAGUGGUCAACCAAGAUGAUGGCGACGAUAUUGUACUGGUGAAGCCGGUGCCUCGAGACAUGUUAAGAUCACAGUCCAUCGGCGCGGAGCGGAGCGUUCCCACAGAGCGCCUCAUGCUCAUGUUCUCGCGUCUCGCUCGAGAGACAGAGCGCCCUCGGGCACGUCGACGCCACCAGCAUGCUCCGAGAAAAAAUGCUGACCAACGAUCAUGA